AUGGGACAAGUCCUUCGAGAAAUGUCAAAGGGUAUCAUCACGUUGUUUCCAUACCUGGCUUAUCCUAGGAGAAGGUUUGGCUAUACCUCUACAGCCAAUCAGGUCAGGCUCACUUCUACAACAGCAGUGAGCAACAGUGCAGCAGUGGAGGGGCGCAUCCGCCUGGUUGGAGGAAACAGCUCGUGUUCUGGCAGGGUGGAGAUCUUCCACAGUGGGCAGUGGGGGACGGUGUGUGAUGAUUUAUGGGACCUAGUGGAUGCUCAGGUGGUGUGUAGACAGCUGGGCUGCGGCAGGGUCGUCUCAGCACCAGCAAAUGCUCAGUUUGGUCAGGGCACCGGACCCAUCUGGCUGGAUGAUACCUCUACAGCCAAUCAGGUCAGGCUCACUUCUACAACAGCAGUGAGCAACAGUGCAGCAGUGGAGGGGCGCAUCCGCCUGGUUGGAGGAAACAGCUCGUGUUCUGGCAGGGUGGAGAUCUUCCACAGUGGGCAGUGGGGGACGGUGUGUGAUGAUCUAUGGGACCUAGUGGAUGCUCAGGUGGUGUGUAGACAGCUGGGCUGCGGCAGGGUCGUCUCAGCACCAGCAAAUGCUCAGUUUGGUCAGGGCACCGGACCCAUCUGGUUGGAUGAUGUCAGUUGCUCAGGCAGUGAAUCAAAUCUCACUCAGUGCCAGCACUUAGGAUUUGGAUCUCACAACUGUGGACACUCUGAGGACGCUGGUGUCAUCUGUGAAGAAUUUCUACCUGAGAUGCCCAGUGUGUUGGCCUCAACCUGCACUGUGACCGGCCCCACUAUCAUUGACGUCCACGGCCAGAUUAACUCCAUCCAGGAUCGCUGUGCAUACUCUCUGUUCUCGACUCCGUCACUCCCAGACUUCCUUGUUCUGGGGAACUUCAGGGACAGACGUCGUAAAGAUGUGAGCUUUUUGGACAGUGUGACGCUGCGUGUGGACGGGCAUGACAUUCACCUGGAACAAGGUGGGAGAGUUCAGCUGGACGACUCCACACUGACCCUCAGCAGCUCAUCUCAGUUGGUUCAUGGUGUGCAGCUCUCUAAGGACCAAACUGGAGUCACUGCCAAGCUGUCGCUCUCCAACCUCAUCAUCUCUGUCUUCUUUGACGGCUACACCGCACAGAUCCUCUUAGAAGGACCUGCUGGUUCAUCUGUGGAAGGUCUGUGUGGAAAAUCCAGCAGGUCUCUGAGUGACCUGAGGCUCUCUGAGUACAGCUCCACCAGCUGUGAGAUGCAGUACAGUGAGCCUGCUGACAGCACGAUCAACUGCACCAGUGUGACUGAACGCUGUGAUCUCCUGAAGGAGGCGCCCUUCUCCUCCUGUAACACUGACAUUGACCCAGAGCCCUACAUAACCGCCUGCACCGACACUUUGUGCAAAUAUCCUGCAGUGGACGGACUCAACUGUCAGUUCCUGAAGGCCUACGCAAGAGCCUGCAGUCUACACAACCACACUCUGGAUGGCUGGACAUCAAAUACCGGCUGCUCCUCUGAGGCCUUCUGUCAGGACAGGACCUGCAGCGAUCACGAGUUCUGUGGUGAGAAGACGGUCGGUGGUGACACUCGCUGCUUCUGUCGGGACAUUUUUGCCUCCAAGUACCAAGCAAACAACUCUUUGGGUGAUCCAACAGUCUGCAUGCAGGACUCUGCUUCACUAACUCUGGUCGGUUGUCUCCUGGAGGACAAAGGCAUCGACUACUCUGCCUUACACCUCAACGACCCGACCUGCAGGGGUCAGGUGGACGAGCUCACCCACAUGGUGACCUUCAGCUUCAACAGCAGCAACAGCUGUGGGACGGUGGUCACGACCAACAACAGUGAACUCAUCUACAAAAACACCAUCAUGACCCAGAACAGCUCCUCUGACAUCAUCACUCGUCACGACCAAGUCUACAUCGACUUCUCCUGCGUCCAAACUCAAGCGGACAUCAAGACUGCCACCUUCAGGAUCAGAGACAGCUCUGUGAUCCAGCACAUCACAUCUGGAGUUUGGGAUUACACUCUGACCAUGAAGGCUUUCACCAACGUCAGCCACACACAAGCUGUGGAGUCCAGCAUUGAAGUGCAGCUGAACCAGAAGAUCUGGGUGGAGCUGAAGACUGACGGGCUGGAUGGAGACAUGGUCGCCGUGGUGACCGACUCCUGCUGGGCAACUGACCAGCCAUCACCCGACAGCACUCCGAGAUAUGACCUGAUCAUAAACGGCUGUGCCAACCCUGCUGACCAGACUGUGCAGGUGGAGGAAAACGGACUGGGAACCUCCAACUACUUCUCCUUUAACAUGUUUGAGUUCACCGGGGGUUCUGGUGAAGUCUUCCUGCACUGCAAACUCCACGUGUGUCCCAAACAGGAGUACAGCUGCCUCCAGACUUGUCCUGGAGCUGCUCGCAGAUGCAGAUAUGCCAGGCCCAAAUAUGAAGGUGAAGCCUUCAUCAGCAUGGCCUGGACUCAUUAGGUGGUUUCCAUGGUGACUCGGACUGA